GUAGAGGUUUCUCGGCAGUCGACGAGCCACGUCCUGUGCCUGGCCCUACAUCCCUUCUCCCCAUUCCAGCCCAUUCCAGCCUACUCCUGGCUUCUGUCUCGGAUGUCAAACGGUUAUGACCCUCGAAACUCCUGCACACGCCCCGUUUCUGGCGAGCAUUUCCUGUGGCACUUUUGCACCGCACGCCCUUCGUGGUGUGGCCCCAAAACCUGCCGGCGCUAAGCCAGCCAGCUUCCAAUAAAUAGCCACCACUAGCACAUCCUGCCCGGAACGCCAGCAUGUUCUCGACACUCAAGCGGAAGAACUCCGACGAGAAACAUCCCUACCGCUCGUUCUACUCCAGUGGCAGCUACAACUUCAAAAACUUCUUCUUUUCCGGUACCCUCCUCGCAGUAUUAAUAUGGGGCUCCUCGUUAUUGCUCCAUGAAAUCAACGUAUUCGAGGUCGGAUUGGCCUCGUCUGCCAUCAACAGAGUCCGUACUGCCAGGCCAGCACCAGACUUCCAUGGAAAGUUGCCACUUAACUUCUCGGCCGUGAGAGAUGGCGUCUUCAGCCCCAAGUUCAAGGACUUGCAGUGGAUCCACGAGCCUGAGUCCAUCUCCAACGACAAGGGCACCUACGUCUUGAAGGUGGAGGAGAACAACAGCGUGGAAUACGUCAUCAAGUCCAUCGUGGACGAAGACUACCAAUACACCUUGUACAACCAGUCAUCAUUUGAGCACGAGCACAUCCAUUACGACAUCGUCUCGUUGGUGGCGUCCCCUAACUUGAAACAGGCCAUCUUGAAGACUAACUCCACCCAACACUGGAGACACUCGUCCUUCGCGUUGUACUGGGUGUUGGACGUCGAGUCCCACGCCAUCACCCCCCUCUUGGACACCAACAGCAAGGUGUCGGUGACAUCGUGGUCGCCAGAGUCCACAGACAUUGCGUUCAUUUACGAGAACAACGUUUACCUCAAGAACACUAAGUCCAACAAGGUCACCCAAGUGUCUUUUGACGGAGGUCGCGAGUUCUUCAACGGUAAGCCUGAUUGGGUCUACGAAGAAGAGGUGUUCAGCACAGACAUCGCCUUGUGGUGGUCGCCAGAUGGUAAGAAGGUCACUUUCUUGAAGUCUAAUGACACCGAAGUCCCUGAAUUCACCAUCCCUUACUAUGUCCAACAUGACGAAGAUGAUUAUCCCGAGUUGGUCAAUAUCAAGUACCCAAAGCCGGGUUACCCUAACCCGAUUGUGGAUAUUGUGGUGUACGACUUGUCGACAGAAACUGACCAACUUUUGCAGUUAAAGUCCGACAAAAUCGAGUCUGACCAGAGAUUGAUCACUGAGGUUACAUGGGUCGGUGACUCGUUACUUGUCAGAACAUCCAACAGAGCCAGUGACUUAUUGGAAAUCUUCUUGCUUGAUACUACUGAUAAUUCUAUUGAGUUGGUGAGAUCACACACUGCUAAAAAGUCUUGGUUUGAAAUUACUAAGUCUGUAUACAUUCCUAAAGACGAGGCUGCAGGCCGUAAAGAUGAUGGUUAUAUCGACAUUGUUGUGGAAGAUGGGUAUAAUCACUUGGCGUACUUUUCUCCUCCAAGCAGCAAGGAAGGUAAAUUGUUGACCAAAGGUUUGUGGGAAGUGGUUUCAGUGGAAUCCUUUGAUUACAACAAGAAUGAACUUUAUUUCAAGAGCACUAUCAAAUCUUCGAUUGAAAGACAUCUUCACUCCGUCAACAUCCUUGAUCAAGGUUUACCUGAGAUCAAGGACAUCACUGUCGCAGAAGGUGUAUAUGCUGGCUCAUUUUCUUCUGGUUCAAGAUACUUAUUAUUGACUUACGAAGGUCCUAAUGUUCCUUAUCAGGAGUUGAUCGAUUUAUAUGAAUCUAAAACCAUCAAGACUUUGGAAGCAAACAAAGCAUUGUCAGAAAACUUGGAGAAGUACGUUAUCCCUGAAAAUAAGUAUCAAGUGGUAAGCUUAGUGGAUGAAGAAACUGGAAACAAAAUUAAGGCUAAUGCGAUUGAGACCUUCCCGUUGAACUUCGAUCCAAAGCGUAAAUAUCCGGUCUUGUUUUUCGUCUAUGGAGGACCAGGAUCACAACUUGUCUCUAAAUCUUUCAGUGUUGGAUUCAGCUCCGUUGUUGCUGCAGAAUUGGAUGCAGUGGUUGUGACUGUUGAUGGCCGUGGUACAGGUUUCAACAACCUCAAUCCUGAGCUCGGCGCUGACUACAAGUUUACAGUAAGAGACAGAUUGGGACAUUACGAACCGUUGGAUCAAAUUGCAGCUGCAAAGCACUGGGGUCAACGUGAUUAUGUUGAUUCGGACAACAUUGCAAUCUGGGGAUGGUCGUAUGGUGGUUUCCUUACAUUAAAGACGUUGGAAACAGAUCAUGCCGAAAGAGUAUUCUCUUAUGGCUUAGCCAUCGCACCAGUGACCAAAUGGAAGUUAUACGAUUCAGUCUACACUGAGCGUUACUUGCGUACUCCUCAAGAAAACCCAGAAGGUUACAGAACCGCCUCCAUCAGUAAUGCUACCAACUUGCUGUCGGUCAAGAAAUUCUUUAUUGGCCACGGUUCUGGUGAUGACAACGUCCACGUCCAACAAUCACUUAAGCUCAUUGAUGAGUUGAACUUGGCUAGCGUGGAGAACUUUGAUUUCAUGAUUUUCCCUGACAGUGACCAUUCUAUCAGAUACCACAAUGGUAACAAGAUCGUCUAUGACAGAAUCUUGGACUUUUUCAGAAAGGCAUUCAGGGGUGAAUUCAACUAAGUAUGCACAGCCUAUGGAUAUUGAUGUCGGCCUGCCAAGCAGGAUUCUAAUCUGUUAGAUCGCAUCCCGAGGCGUGCACGGUUAGCAACGGGCAGAGGUACAAAUCACAACCAAUAAUUGGCCUCAUAUGUGCCACAUCCGUGUUUCCUACCAACAUCUACAACGACGCCUACGUACCGCUAGGACUUCUCCAGGAAAGCUGGCAAGCUCCAGCACCUUCAUUUCAUCGAUAGUAUUAAUAC